AUGGAUGGAAAUAAUUUACAAGAAAUUGACGAGAAAUUAGAUUUAUUUAUGGCAACUUGGACGAAUGGUAUACGAACAAUUAAAUAUGAAUCUGGAAUGUAUACACGGUCACGCAAUGAAUCACGCAUCGAUCUUAUAAAAUUGCACAAUUCUCAAACAAAUACUUCAGAAGUUAUAAAGAAAAUACGAACAAUUAAAAAUGAAUCUGGGGGAUAUGCACGGUCACGCACUAAAUCACGAGUUGAUCUUAUAAAAUUGCACAAUUCUCAAACAAACACAUUGGAUUUUAUAAAGAAACUUAAUGAAAUGAUGAAAGAGAAAUAUAAAAUAUAUGGAAUAACUAGAGAUGAGAAUGAACAAUACAUGAUUGUUCUUGAUUAUUAUUUUAACAAAAGAGAUAUUAAAAAAUAUGGAGAGU